AUGUCACGAUUAGCAGAUUACUUUGUGGUGGUAGGCUAUGAUCACGAAAAAGAAAGAAGCGGUAUAAGCAGUGGAUUGAUUCUUCAGAGAUUUCCUGAGAAAGAUUGGCCCGAUACCCCUUUCAUUGAUGGAAUAGAAUGGUUUUGUCAACCUCAAGGAUGGACCCUGUCCACAGAAAGGCAAGAGCCAAGGUUUUUCGUGUCGGUACUCACAGACAUAGAUGCAAAUCGACAUUAUUGUGCAUGUCUUUGCUUCAAUGAGACCGUGUCCAUAACUCCAAGCAAACCUGUUGAUGAAGAGGAAGAUGCGGUGGAAGGAGAAACCCCGCUUGUUAGAGCGAUACCAACAAUUUCUCACCAUAGUAUAAUGUAUGCUCCAAAAUGCCUUGUUCUUGUCUCAAGGCUAGAUUACAUUGAAACUUUUAGAAAUUGUUUGGGCAUUAUCUACUCGGUAUACAUAGAAAACAUGCCAGUACAUUUAGAAACCCUUGUUGGAAAUAUAUUAGGCUGUAUCCAAGUUCCACCUCCAGGGGGCCCUCAAGUUCGCUUCAGUAUCGGUGCUGGAGACCGGCAAGCCCUUCAACCACCUCUAUCGCCAUCUUUACCCGUUACACACUCUUCUGUCAACUUGCUCUUUCACCAACUGGGCAUUCGUAAUGUUUUGGUUUUAUUUUGUGCUAUUAUGACAGAACACAAGAUCCUUUUCCACUCAAAGAGUUAUAACAGGUUGACGGAAGCUUGCAGGGCUUUGACGGCUUUGAUGUAUCCUUUUAGGUACACCCACGUGUACAUUCCUCUGCUGCCGGCCCCUCUCGUUGAAGUGCUCUCCACUCCUACUCCGUUCAUUAUGGGGGUGCAUUCUUCAUUGAAAUCUGAAGUGGCAGAAUUGAUGGACGUGAUUGUAGCGGACCUCGACGGAGGUUCUAUAACCAUCCCAGACGGUAUAUCGUUACCACUCCUUCCUGAACCUCUGCUGAGCAACACGCAAGAGGCACUCGGCAUCAUCCUGCAGCCCGAGUUGAGCUGCGCAGACCACGCUUUCCCCCCUCUUGCCGUUCGAGCUCCGCAGCCAGUCAUGCUCGACAAGGAAAUCCGCGCAGUCUUUAUGCGCACGUUCGCGCAACUUCUGCAAGGCUACCGCAGCUGUCUGACGCUUAUCCGUAUCCACCCAAAGCCUGUUAUCACGUUUCACAAGGCCGCCUUCCUCGGUGAGCGCAACCUCAAGGACUGCGACUUCACGACGCGCGUGCUCGAUUGCAUGUUUUUCACGAGCUUCGUAUCGGAGCGAGGGCCCCCCUGGAGGCCGUGCGACGUCUGGGAUGAGCUGUAUAGUAACUUGAACGAGCUGCACAAGACUGAAGCACAGGAUCCUCGUUUGGUGAUUGCACAUAUUCAGGAUCUCGCAACGCAGCUCUACACCAACGAAACACCAAAUCCACAGUCAUACUCUCAGAAGAUUCUUGUGCCUCCUGAAGGGGCUUUCGCUAGGAUCCAUCAGCCGCCAUUGCCGAUGAUCAGCGUGGAGAAAGUGCAGGCGAUUAUAGAGGAGGGGAUGUCGAAAAACAAUCUGAAGUCAAGUGGCGAUUAUGCCUGGUUAUCUUCUUUGAGACCGAUACAACCCAGAAUAGUGCCUAUGGGACCAAACAUAUCCAAUCUGAACGAUAACAAAAAUAUCGUCAGUAAUUCUGCCAGAAGAUUAGAAGUUCUCCGUAACUGCAUAAAUUGCAUCUUUGAAAACAAAAUUUCCGAUGCCAGGAAAACCUUUCCGGCUGUCCUAAGAGCUCUUCAAUCUAAGCAAGCUCGUUUGGCCCUGUGCACUGAGCUCUCGCACCACGUCAGUGGCACGAAAGCCAUGCUAGAACACCAGCAAUUUGACCUUGUUGUGCGGCUGAUGAACUGCGCCCUCCAAGAUGAUUCAUCAAUGGACGAACACGGUGUUGCAGCUGCUCUGUUGCCACUUGCAACGAUCUUCUGCAGGAAGUUGUGUACUGGCAUAAUACAGUUUGCAUAUACUUGCAUUCAGGAGCAUGCUGUUUGGAACAACCAGCAGUUUUGGGAGGCAGCCUUCUACCAGGACGUUCAGAAAGAUAUCAAAGCCCUCUACUCCGCCAGAGCUGACAGCCUCGCCCCAAGACUGCCCGUCGAAAUGCUCAGCCCGACUUCUCCAAGAGACAGUAAGGACUACACUUGGCAUCGACGAUCGGCGCUCAGCAGAGCUCAGGAGGCGACCGCUUUGGAAAUCGCCGCCGAACAAAUGCGCAUCUGGAACUCGAUCGACCACGACAAGCAGAAAGAACUGACGACCUGCGAAGAGAACACAAUGUAUAGUCAAGCAAUACACUAUGCCAAUCGAAUGGUGUAUUUACUGAUACCGCUGGAUAUGGGACACAAGGCGAGUAAACAGGAUCUUUUUGAUGAUGAACGAGCAAGUAACAGCGUAGCAAACAGUGUUGCUGAGAGUGACAGCGCAGAUGCCGAAUCAGGUUUUGAGGAUCAGGACCCAGGCGAAACUGGAAACACGGUCAUCAGGAUAGUAUCCAGGUUUAUCGAUAAAGUUUGCAAUGAGGGAGGCGUUACUAGAGAUCACAUCCGGAACCUACACCAGAUGAUUCCUGGGGUUGUACACAUGCACAUCGAAACUUUAGAGGCUGUGUACAGGGAGUCAAAACGGUUGCCGCCUAUUCAGAAACCUAAGAUACUCACUCCUAACAUGCUAGUUGGGGAGGAGUCUAUAAUGGAAGGUUUGAGGGUGUAUCUUCUGCCAGACGGUAGGGAAGAGAGCAGUGCGGGGAUUUUAGGAGGACCGCCACUCUUACCUGCAGAGGGCGCCAUCUUCCUGACUAAUUAUCGUAUAAUAUUCAAGGGAAUACCGUGUGAUUCAUUUGCUUGCGAACAAGUCGUCAUUCGAUCAUUCCCUGUAACAUCUCUCACGAAAGAAAAGAAGGUGGCCGUUCAAUACCUCGCUCAUCUAGACCAAUGGCUUCAAGAGGGCCUCCAACUGCGCUCGUGUACCUUCCAGCUAAUGAAAUUUGCCUUCGACGAAGAAGUGACUCCUGAAAACGUGGACACUCUGCGCAAGCUCAUACACAAGAUUCGACAUCCGCCUGACGUUUUCCACCAUUUCGCGUUCACGGGCCAAGUCGUGGUUACACAGACGCCGUUACACAAAAACAAAGAGAAGAACGCCACUCUGCGAGGGUUCGCCAAGAAGACACUGCUGAAGACCGCAAGGAAGGCAGGCUUCAAGCAGAAGUCCUCGUCGAAGCGACAAAAAUACGUCUUACCCAACAUGAACGUAAACAGCUCCAACAAAUAUAUGACUUCGCCGGGCCGAAUGAGUCUGCCGAUCGUCGACGAUUACAAUCAUGAUGACGAAAUAUCGAUAGACGACUUCGAGACAGGCCACACACCGAUUACGCCAGCACCGACUGAUGCGAAGACGCUAGAGCGGUUGCAGGAGCGCAGCUACGUAAGGGAUUGGCAGCGGCUGGGUCUCUGCAACACCACCUCGUCCCCUUCAGGUAAAGCUACGCAGCAGGAUCAGUUCCGGUUGACAUCGGUCAAUGCGAUCUACAUGAUGUGCAGAAGUUAUCCAGCUCUUUUUCUUGUUCCGGCGUCUGUUACGGACGAAAGUAUCCGCCGGUUUUGUCGCUGCUAUCGUCAAGGUCGAAUCCCGAGCAUAACUUGGCGGCAUCCUCGUACGAAAGCGCUCCUUCUCCGUGGCGCAGGACACCACGGGAAGAGUGUAAUGGGCAUGUUGAAGAGUCACCCUGCUCCAGCAGCGUCUACAGAAACAACAUCGUCUACGGAACAGGAGAAGUACCUAUCAGCUUUGGUCGCAGUCACUCCAAUUUUUUCUCACAGGACAGCAUGGGGAAUGUCAGACAGUUCGUUGAGUAUAGAUUCAUUAUUACUGGCAGCCGACGAUCCGUUAGGAUGUACCACGAUGACACCUGAAGUUGCUAGGAGGUCGAACGCCUUCAAUAAAGCUAUUGGAACGUUAGGUGUAUUCCCAAGGUCUUCAGGUGGCAAAGGCCCUAAAAAUUUCGGCCGGUGGGGCUCUUUAAAAGAUCGUCGUCAGUCUUCCCAGGCAUCCCUAGCCGCGGGUCAGCAGAACAGGGUGAACAUUCGCCACAGCACGGACGUAGAAAACGCUCUAGACGGAGUUCAUACUCUCCAACGGGCCGCCUUGUAUAUCUUGGGCGAGAAGGCGCAGAUGAAAGGUGUUAAAGUGGAAUCUGCCCCCAAGACUGAUUUUAUCCCAGUGGAGUAUUAUGAUAUUCGUCACACUAAAGCUGCUUUCAAGAAACUCAUGAGGGCUUGUAUUCCUAGUUCGCAAAAUGCUGAGCCUGAGCAUAGUUUUCACAAACUGAUAGAAAAUUCGGAGUGGUUGCAGCAAAUCCAAAACAUCAUGCAGCUUUCCGGAGCAGUGGUCGACCUCCUCGAUCUCCAAGGCUCAUCGGUAGCUAUUUGUCUAGAAGAAGGUUGGGACAUAACUGCGCAAGUUGCUUCAGUAGCUCAACUCUGCUUGGACCCCUACUAUCGCACAUUGGAAGGCUUCCGAGCCCUCGUAGAAAAAGAAUGGAUCGGCUUCGGCCACCGGUUCAGACACCGCAGCAACCUGAACGCCAAUUCGCAGGCUAGCGGAUUCGCUCCAACUUUCUUACAGUUCCUUGACGUUGUGCAUCAAAUCCAGAAGCAAUACCCAAUGGCUUUCGAGUUCAAUGACUACUACCUGCGGUUCCUCGCCUAUCAUUCAGUGUCGUGUCGGUUUAGGACGUUUCUGUUUGACUGCGAACUCGAAAGGGUGGAAAGUGGCGUAGCGGCAGUCGAGGACAAAAGAGGGUCGUUGACAUCGCAUCACAAGAGUGUCGAUACUGUUUCUGAUGACGAAAACAUCUACCCCGGUGGUAGAAUGGCGACUGCAUAUCAGGGCCCAAAUUUAGGACAGAGCGUGUUCGAUUACAUUGAAAAGCAGCACGCUAGGAAUCCGAUGUUUUUCAAUUUCAUGUAUACUCCCGAUUUCGAACACCCAGUGUUGAGGCCGCAAUCGCAUUUGCCUUGCUUAGAGGUGUGGAACUAUUAUCUGGACGAGGAUUUGAGGUAUGGGCCGAGCUACGACGCCGAGAUUAUCCAGAUGGAUUCUCAGCAGGAAGAGGAAGUGGAGGCUGCAGAUGGUAUAGUUAAGACGAGGAAGGUCGUUUCAUUAGGAUACGAUAAUGUUAACAAAGCCGUACCAGAUGCUUUCAGCCACCUUCUGGAAGAAAUCCACAAGCUAGAAUCUGAUUUGGGUCACUUGCCACAAAAAUGGAAAAUUUUGUGGGAUAAAUUGGAACUUCCUUUGACUGAUUCGUUGACUCGUCAUGCUUCCUUCAGCACCGCACUGGUGAGGUCUCACGGCAGGCUAGUGCACAAGAGAUCUACAUUGGAAAUUCUGAUGAGGGGUAAAAUGGUGGGAGCUGCAGAAACGUCUCACAUUUAUUCACACCCUCACAGAUUCGAGCGUUACAAUUACACCACUCCCACUUACUGUGAUUUAUGUUCCAAUUUGUUAUGGGGACCUGUGAAAACCGGUAUGAGAUGUAUAGAUUGUGGAUGUAGCUGUCACGAAAAAUGUAUGGAAAGUGUACCGAAAAAUUGUACAAAGUAUAAGUCGGUUGCAGAUAGCACAACAUCCCAAGUUAUACAGAGCAAUACUGGAGAUAAUGGUUCUGUUAGUUCUGGUAGCGCCAGGCAAACAUCUAGUCAACAAUACUACGAUCAGUUCUCAUCGAAUGUGGCUGAGGAUAGAACUCACGAGGGUUAUUUGUACAAACGUGGGGCACUGUUGAAGGGUUGGAAGCAAAGAUGGUUCGUUCUUGAUUCAAUCAAGCACCAGUUGAGGUAUUAUGAUGCCAUGGAAGACUCACAUUGUAAAGGAUACAUUGAUCUGGCUGAAGUAAUGUCUGUGAAUCCUGCACCUCCAGCUCCUGGUCCUCCCAAAAAAACAGAUGAUAAAUCCUUCUUUGACUUACGUACUAGUCGUCGUACAUACAACUUUUGUGCAGCAGACACUGCAUCAGCGCAAGAGUGGAUCGAGAAGCUCCAAGCUUGUCUUUAGAUAAAAAAAAAGAAAGAAAAUACUCUUAAUCCAAAGUUAGAUAAUUCCUAUAUAUAUAUAUUUUUUAAUGUUAGGCUGACAAUAAAUGUUUUAUUUUUUA